AUGAGAGCACCGACAUGGUCAAGUCCAGAAAUCUUGAUACAAAACAAGUUGGGCACAGAUGGUCUUCCAACAUGCGCCUCCCGACCGCAAGUGUUCACUACUAUCAAGGAUAAUGCCAAGCGCCCAAGAAAGUCAGCCGACAGCACUCCCAGCAUAUCUCUCCAUUUUGAGAUUGAAUGUAUUAAAAAGGUCGAAUUCGUACCACCACGACGGUCAAAAAGCGGUUGA